AUGAAAAAUCAUGCGUUAAUAACAUAAAAAGUUGUUCUAGUUUUUUUUUCUAAGGGAAAUAAAACUUCUUGUUUAGGAUGUAUAGGUUAUGAAUGUAAGAAUUUCUAAUCAGAUUGUGUAACCAACAGCAAAGGGUACUUAAACUAAACAAAUUGCUAAUCGACUCUGAAAGCUGUUAGGGCAUAGUUGGUUACUGGGAAUUAAUCAUGCUUAGACUCAACAUAGUGUAUUAAUUUCAGCACUUAAGCGAUAUGUGAGAAUAACUCAGCAAUUAAUUACUCUUCUCCAGAUGGGAUUACAACAUAUUAUUAUACGAAAUGUUUAUUGAAAAACAAUUAUUGCGCAGAUUUAUAAUGCUCUGAUUUGAGUGGAGAUGAAUAUGAUUCUGAUUCUGCUUGCUAACAAGUAACCAGCUUUUGGAUUAGCAAAUAAUACAGAUUGCACUAAAUUCUUAAAAGGCGCCUCUGGAAUGACUUAAGUUCUUGUGUGAAUGAGAAUUCUGAAUGUACUGCCUUUUUUGGCGCUUAAUCAUAAUGCAGUAGAUUUAUUGGCAACAAAAUACUCUGUUAUUAUGGCUUAAACAUAAACAAUAUCAAUUUUAAAUGCAAAAUUAAACAUAGUGUUGAUAAUACUCAAUCUGGAUUACUGAUAAACAAUGUAAGGAUUUCUUACAAGGUUGUGUAUAUCAAAAGAAACUACUUGUUAAUUAUUCAAUGGUACAUCUGAAACUUGCUCUAGAAUGAGCAAUUGUACCACGAGAUUAUGCUCUAAUUAUGUGGAUUAUUCUGUCAAAUUAAAAGAUUUUUAACUAUACUAAUCCUACAAAUUAUGAAGAUCGUUAUAAAUAUCACUCCCAGGUGUAGAUUCUUAAACAUUUUAUCAGCUUAUAUUGAUCAAACACUCUGUGGUAAUUAUGUUGCUUUAGGAAGUACUAAUACUCAAAAAACGCUUAUUGCAGAGACUUAAAAGAGGAAUCUAAUUUCAUUUGCAGUUACAAUCAGGAAGCAAUGUAAUUACAUAUUAGCCAAAAUAGAGUGA